AUGGCCUUGGCUCAGCGGCAAGAAGUCGGCAAGUCAUACCGUCGUAGGAGACGGGAACUGUCCCCUAAGGGAGCCGUGAAGAUUGCUUUUGUUCCACUUUAUCACUACAAACCUGAAGAAAUCACUCUUGAAGUUGAUAAUGACAAUGUGAUCCUUCAUGGAAAGCAUCGAUCAGAAAGAGAAGAUGGAUUCGAUACAAGCGAGUUCAAGAGAGUCUUCAAACUACCACAAGAAGUCGAUCCAACUGCUAUUACGUCACGCGCUACCCAAAAUGGCGACGCCCUUAUAAUCGAGGGCACAAAACGAGUGGAGGAGAAAACAGAAGAAGGAAAAUUUGAGGCAAAGUUUGAUUUCAGUGGCUUCAAGCCAGAAGAGAUCAGUAUUCAACUCCAUGGUAAUGAGUUGAGUAUCAGCGGGAAACACGCAUCAGAAGAUAGCGGAAAUUACCGGUCACGUGAUUACAGUCGCACUCUCCUGCUUCCCGACGACAUAGUUGUCGGCUCCGUGACUUCAUGCUUGUCAAAAGAGGGCCAGCUGACUAUUGAAGCAUCACGCGACCCUGCCUUGUUGCCAGGCGAGAGAAGCGUUGACGUCAUCAUGGAGACA